GUCUUGUUUGAAAGGGAUGAUUGUGUAGUUCGAUAGAGCAUUCUCCGGAGUGCAAUCUAUAGAAGUCUGAAAAUAAACUUGACUCCUGGGAAAUGUCUAGUCUCAUUAUAAAUAUAAUGAUAAUUACUUAAGUGUGUUAAUUGCAAGAUUUUAUCUACGCGACCUCUUGCCAACAAACAAAUAAUUCGUCAGUACAUGUUGAUUUAUCUGGAGUAACAUUUGUGUAAAAUGAAUCGAUUUUUGUUAAUUUUAUUUGGAGUGAUUUUUGUUGCUUCUGUAGCUGAGUGUUAUAGAAGUCACCAGUCCCGAUACGACAGCAGUAAUGAGAUAUUAAUUAUACGAGGUGGUGCAGUAAAAUGUCAAGAGGACGACUCCUCUUCAUCGUCAUCAUCAUCAUCGUCGUCGUCAUCAUCUGAAGAAGGAAAUAAUUGUAACAAGAAUGGAAACUCUAGAAGCUCUUCUUCUUCUUCGUCGUCAUCGUCUUCAUCUUCCUCUUCCUCUUCAUCCUCAUCGUCUGAAGAAGACACAAGGGAAUCGCAUCAUGAUCGCAAGAAGGCCAAGCAUUUUAAGUGCAGUGCCUGUUAAUUGAGAUGUUCCGCUUCGAUGAUCAACAGCUGAUGAUAACAUAAGGAAUAGGAAUUUACUAGAAGUCCCCUGACCUCCUAUUUAGACCCUAAGCAGCAAGAAGAAGGAAAGACUGUCUAUAUAAUAUAUAAUAUAAUGUAUAUUAAAUAAAAUUGUUUCAAACUAUAAAUUGUAUUUGAAAAAUUAUUAGAGGAAAAGUAGGUUAAUAUCCAAUUACUAAGAAAAUAAAAGAUAUAUUACA